AUGAAGCAAGAUACCGGGCCAAACACCACAUCGAAGUUGGCCGCUCAGCGACUAACAGAAACGCACGAAAUGGAUACCCUAGAUAGCAAGUGUUACUUCGCGAAGCUCCCUGUUGAAUUAAAAACAGAGAUUCUAUCGUACUUUCCAAGAUGGCAACUGCUAAAGAUUUCUACAACCUGCAAAGAUUUUCGUUCGAUAUGUUUGAGACAUUGUAUCAAGGAAGUUCAUAUUCGGACGUCAAAUCGAGGUGGCUGCUUGAAGCUCCUGGAGAGGUACCCGGAUAUCAGAUUGGCUGUUAGAUACUUAAAAAUUGAUAUUUUCAAGUCUGGUAAAGAUAAAUGGGCAACGCCUAAAUUAUGGGACCCAAUUGAUUAUUACGGUACAGAUGACGAAGACAGUGACGAUCUUACUCUAGAAGAUGGUACUGUAACGAAAAUACGAUCUGAAGGAACUGAAAUCACGUUCGAGGGACGAAGGGUCGAGCUAAAGCGUCCCCCAAAACCCUUCAAUCAUCGCAAAGUCCUAGGUGCUAUUUCAAAGGGCUUUUUCGACAAUGUUACCCGAAUCAAUAUUGAAUACCACGCUAAAGAUAUAAAAUCUUUUCGGGAGUUCGUAAAUCGGCUUUCAAAAUUCCAACCGACAACCCUUCGGAUUCUCAACAUUCGUUCAUUUGAGCUCGUUACUCACGAAGCAGUAUGGAUGAAACCGGAAGACCGAGGGGAAAUACGGUUCCCCAAAGGUCUAGACUACAUUAGCUAUCACCCAAAGAGUUACAUCGCUAGAUUUCGGGCUCUGGAUCUCUUAAAAGCUUCGUUCAACACUCUCACAUCUUUAGAAAUUCCGGCAUGGCACUCUUUAGGACAUAAGAAUAUCCCUGGCCUAGUCUGUCCAACUUUGAGAGUGCUGAGGUUGGAGAGACACCCGCUAGAUUCCCCAGUUGCUGAAACUUUCAGUAAAUUCUUCCCAAAUGUUGAGGAGUUGUUUCUCCUCGAGGUCCAAAUGCCAAACGCCUUGGAACUCGAGUACGCCUCUACGGUAAGCUUUGUGUUACGUCCAGUUCUGAAACGAUGA